GAGACCAACCGGUUACCUUUUUGGAAGAGUUUCAAAACAAUAUUUCUUUUACAGAGUAUGGUGAUGGAGAUAACUUGGCUGCUAUCUGGGCAGCUGCUAUUUAUGAUAAUCCUAUAAAUAUUGAACAUCUAGCUACUACUUAUGAUAAUCCUAUAGAUGUUGAACGUCUAACUACUAUUUAUGAUGAUCCUAUAAAUAUUGAAAAGGAACGUCUAGCUACUGUUCAAGAUGACACCAUAGAUGUUGAGGAAAAUAUAUAUCUAGAAGACAUUCAAGAUCAAGAUGAUCAAUUAAAAUUACAAGAAACUGUAGAGGUUAAGAAAGCCCUUAAUUUGGCUCUAGAUUUAAAUUGUGAAGAUGAAUUUCUCGAUAUGAUAAGCAACUUUAUUACCCGUAAAAAAAGUAGCAUAGAAAGCACAAGCAAUGAGGAAAAUUUAUGCGUUUUAGAUCCCUUGGUUCAAAAACAACAUGGACAUCGACCAAAUAAAUAUAUUAAAUCAGCAACAAAGAAGUCACAUCACAGUAGCUCUGGAAACAGCACAAUCAACCCACCUGAUCCCAAUUUGACAUCUAGAAAACGACAUAGACGUCCACCAAAAUCAGUAUCAGAAAAAAAGGCUAACCAAAAUAACUCUGAUAAUGUUUUAUUAAAUGUAUCUGAUUAG